AGCGUGACGACCGAUGACGUGUGUCUGCACAUGAGAUUUGCUAGCUAUCUUCAUACUGUACUGUCUUUGGCUAUAAUUCCAUCUGGUAGGUUGCAUGCCGUAGGACAGCCCAACUAUGCUCCCUAGUGGUCAAGGCCCGAAUUUAAAGGACAUCAGAGAAGAAUGGAUCAAAGUUAGAGAAAGCUAGGCCUGUAUAAAGUUGAUAAAGAUGCAUUCAUUUCUGUUAGAAAAUAAUCACAUGACAUAUUGGGUGUUUUCAUGAGAGAAACAGGAGUUUAUAUGUCUACUCCACCGAGAACAAGUGGAGUUGGUGCACUUGGCUACUUCGUCCCGACUCUUUCGUUGUGCUCAACCCCACCGCAUUGACGAAGACGGAUCUAAUGCGCGGUAGGCUACAGAGGGAAGAAAGGACAACACACGGACUAUAUUUCCACGAGGAGGAAAAUAAAUCGAUUUAAAAAAAGAAAUUAUUCUACUUUAAAGGUCUCCUCUGCAGCCUCUGCUCUGUCCUGACUGAGAGCCACUGGUGUGUUGCCCACUUUCUCACUGCAUCAUGGGUACCUUCUCCAGCAAGGACGGCCAUGGACCCACAGGGCCCAGCUUGGAUUUGUUCCAAACCCCUCCUACUUCUCCAGUAACCUCCACCCUGCCUACUCUCACUCCGAUCACACCCUCUACACCAGGCCAGCCAGCAGCCCCAGUACCAGUCACAGCCCUAUCCCCAGCACCAGUCACAGCCCUAUCCCCAGCACCAGUCACAGCCCUAUCUCCAGCACCAGUCACAGCCCUAUCCCCAGUACCAGUCACAGCCCUAUCCCCAGCACCAGUCACAACCCUAUCCCCAGCACCAGUCACAACCCUAUCCCCAGCACCAGUCCCAGCCCUAUCCCCAGCACCAGUUACAUCCCAAGGCCCAGCACCAGUUACAGCCCAAGGCCCAGCACCAGUUACAGCCCAAGGCCCAGCACCAGUUACAGCCCAAGGCCCAGCACCAGUUACAGCCCAAGGCCCAGCACCAGUUACAGCCCAAGGCCCAGCACCAGUCACAGCCCAAGGCCCAGCACCAGUCACAGCCCAAGGCCCAGCACCAGUCGCAGCCCUAGCCCCAGCCCUAAGUGGAAAGAGACUCCUGCCCGUCAGCCCAGGCUACUCUGUGAUUGGUCCUGGGUUUAUCUCCCUGCAAGGAAGGACAGGAAGUAAUGCAGCAGUGCCUGAAGGGUGGGUUGUGAUGGGGUGUAAUGGAGGCCCCACCAGGUCUAGUCCCAGGAUCCCUGUACCCCAGGGGAAGAGCUCAUCGAUGAGCCCCACCAAGACUCCUUCAUCCCUGGGUAGCUCCCUGUCCUCGGCCAGCCUGAUUAGCCCGGUCAGCCCCUCGGGGCAGAGCGAGAAGGACAGUGGGCUGAGCCUGACCACGCUGGAGCACCAUGGGUCUGCAGACAACCAGGCUGAGAUUGAGAGGCUGGUGGAAGAGUGUAGGACAGCACUGGGUCUCAGUCCCAGUCAGUAUGCAACACUAAACAUCCCAGAUGUGUUGAAGCAUCUGCUAGUGGAGCGCCAGGAGUUGACCGCUGAGGUCCAGAGUCUGAGGGAGACCAUGCAGACGGAGCGAGUGGAGUGGAACCAGUUCCAGUCUGACCUGCAGGUGGCGGUAGCAGUGGCCGACCGACUGAGGGCCGAGGCCGAGGAGGAGCUGAACACGCUCAGAGCGGCUCAGAUGGAUACAGAGCGGGAGCUGGAGGCUGCCCAGCAGAGACAGAAAGAGACUGAUGGGCAGCUGGUCAGCCUGAGAGGAGAGCUGAGGGAGAGCAGGCAGAAACUGGUCCACCUCACCCAGAACCAGGGACCAGGACAGGCCCAGGCUCAAGCCAAGACCCAGGGCAUGGAGAGGGCUACUGGGGAGACCAGCACACUGGAGACCCAGGAGGGGACACACCGGGGAAGGGAGAGGGGGAUCAGCAGGUUUGGCCGAGGAAGAGGAGAUGACAAGAUGGAGAAGAGGAGCCAGGAAGAAGGGAAUAAGAAUAUAAGUGUGAAAGAGGCUCGAACGGACACUAAGGGCGUAGCCAACAGGUACUUGAGGAACGUGACCAAUGAGGAGAGGAGUGGAGAGGAAGGGUGUAGCAUGAGGGAGACACAGAGGAAAGUCACACAGGAGAGGGCAAGCCUUUCCAGACUACCCGCAUCUUCAGACUCCCCUGCUGUAAUGAAUGGAACAUCCCAGUCCAAUACUGCCACAAUAGCUGGAUCUAUAAACAAGAACCAAAGUCAAACCAGAGGAAGAAAAGGGCUAGAAUGGCAAGACAGCUGGUCCAGCACUCACACAGGGAAACGGGAGGAGGCAUUGAACCAGUACAACUCUGCCCUGGCAGAGCUGCCCCCAAACACGACCUCUAAGACCAGGUCUCAGGAUGGCUUUAAUCUACUGCUACGCCGCCAUGGAGGCUCCAAGAGGAACUCUCUUCUGCGCUGGUGUCAGAGCCGCACUCAGGGCUACAAGAAUAUUGACAUCACUAACUUCAGCAGUAGCUGGGCGGAUGGUCUGGCCUUCUGUGCUGUAUACCACACCUACCUCCCUUCACACAUCCCCUACUGCACCCUUAGCCCUGACAACAAGAGCGAGAACCUCAGCCUGGCAUUUAAGACGGGAGAGAAUGUUGGAAUCACAACAUCGCUGACCAUGGAGGAGAUGCUGAGGGCCGGAGGACCAGACUGGCAAAGAGUUCUGGGAUACGUGGAGUGCAUGUAUCGUCACUUUGAGAUGUAACGCCCAGGACUGUGUUUUUGAGGGAAACCUCGGCGGGAGGUACAGUUCACUGCUAUUGGUGGAAGGAUGGGGAGUGGGAGUCACUCCUCUACUAGCUGAUAUGGUCAUUGACAGCCAUAUAGAGAAAGUUAGGCGUUGUUGGCACAACAGAGCCCCCUUCUGGUGAAGAGUGCAGGUGCAGGUUGCUGUAAAUGUCUACACUGGGACCCCAUCAGAAGGUUACACAAAGUAACUGAUCUUAUCAUACCAAACCUUUGCUUGACUCCUAAACUUUUUCUCAGCAGUGCCAUCUAAAGCUGCUGAUCUGUGUCCAGUGCCUUUAGUACCACAAUCUUCCAUUUAAAACAUGUUCAUGUUUCUGUCCGUUUUAGCACUCUGUAAAUAUGCACUUUUAAUAAGCACUUUGAUUGUAAUUUAAGGGAGGAAGGGGGAAAGGGAGUGUAUUGGAUGCAGUCUCCUUGUCUAGCAAUCCAUUGAUUCUUAUAUGUAACUAAAAUGUGAACGCUGACUAUGUUGCCAAAGAUGCAGAAUAAAUAAAAUGGGCAAUAUAAAGAUA